CAAGUCCAGUUUUUAAGAAUGCUGAAGUCAAGUGACUCCUUAUUUUCUUUGGAUACUUUGUUUUCUGAACAACCAAUUGAAGCUGAAAACUAUCCAGUAAAUGACAAAGCACUGGAUUUGUUUCUCCAGCCUGCUCCACUGAUUUCAGAAAUUCCAGAUACUCAGGCAUUAGAAGAAGAAAUAGAAAGUUGUAAACUUUUAGGUCAGAAAAAGAGACCAAAAAUGUUAACAUCAGAUUUGAAGAUAACUAAUGAAGACAAAAAUUCUGCUUCACCAAUACAAAAGUUCCAAUUUACCUCUCCUUCUAGAAAAUAUAAGGAAAAUGAUCUAAAUUUAGGAGGGGAAGGUAAAAAUGAUUUACCGCAUGCUGCUCUGAAGCUGACCUAUAGUUCUUUCCAGAACAGAAAUCACAUUGGCACUGAGAUAGCACCUGAGAAAAGUAUUUCAGACAUAAAGUUAGUUAAUUUUACAGAGGAUAAAGGAGCAAGCACAUCAACAUUUCGAAAAAGAUUAUUUAAAAUAUCUGACAGUAUGCAUGGGAGUGCUUUUUCUAAUGACAGUAUAAACUUGGAUUCUCAUAUUGGCUCAGUGAAAAUUGCCCAAACAGAAAUGAACAAAGGUUCAUGGAAAUGUAGCAAUAGUAAGCAGAAACCUCAGUAUUCAAACAUUAACAUGUUUACAAGUGAUGCUUUUUCUGUUUCUGAACUUGGAGGAAGUAUAUUCAGAGCACCAUCUUUUUCAUCCCAUCCUCACAAAAUUCAAGGGGCUACAGAAAAUGGUGCAGUUUCCUUGAAGGCUGUCACAGAAAUCCCAACAAAAUUUAGGAGUAUUUUCAAAGAAUUCCCAUAUUUCAACUAUAUACAGUCCAAAGCCUUUGAUGAUCUUCUUUACACAGAUAAGAAUUUUGUGAUUUGUGCUCCAACUGGAUCUGGAAAAACCGUAUUGUUUGAAUUAGCUAUAACAAGAUUGCUAAUGGAAGUACCCUUGCCAUGGUCAAACAUUAAAGUUGUUUACAUGGCACCAAUAAAAGCCCUGUGUAGUCAGCGUUUUGAUGACUGGAAAGGAAAAUUUGGACCAAUAGGAUUGAAUUGCAAAGAACUCACUGGAGAUACAGUAAUGGAUGAUCUAUUUGAGAUUCAGCAUGCCCAUAUUAUUAUGACAACUCCAGAAAAAUGGGAUAGCAUGACUAGGAAAUGGAGAGAUAAUUCCUUGGUCCAGUUGGUUCGGCUGUUUCUCAUUGAUGAGGUACAUAUUAUAAAAGAUGAAAAUCGAGGUCCAACUCUUGAAGUUGUAGUCAGCAGAAUGAAAACUGUACAGUCUUUAUCUCAUACUUCAGAAAAUACCAGCCUCGUUAUUCCAAUGAGAUUUGUAGCAGUAUCUGCAACAAUUCCAAAUGCUGAGGAUAUUGCAGAGUGGCUUUCAGAUGGUGAGAGACCUGCUGUAUGCUUGAAAAUGGAUGAGAGUCAUAGACCUGUGAAACUUCGGAAGGUGGUCCUUGGAUUUCCCUGCAGUAGUAAUCAAACUGAAUUUAAGUUUGAUUUAACCCUCAACUACAAAAUUGCCAGUAUUAUACAGACAUAUUCUGAUCAGAAACCCACACUUGUGUUCUGUGCAACAAGAAAAGGUGUGCAGCAGGCUUCCUUAGUUCUUGUGAAAGAUGCUAAAUUUAUUAUGACUGUGGAACAAAAGCAAAGAUUACAGAGGUGUGCAAAUUCCAUAAGAGAUACAAAACUGAGAGAUAUCUUAAUACAUGGUGUUGCUUUUCAUCAUGCUGGUAUGGAGUUAUCAGAUAGAAAACUAGUUGAAGAAGCUUUUGCUGUUGGAGAUUUACCAGUUCUUUUCACUACCAGUACUUUAGCAAUGGGAGUAAAUUUGCCUGCUCAUCUAGUAGUUAUAAAAUCUACAAUGCAUUAUUCUGGAGGAAUGUUUGAAGAGUACAGUGAAACAGAUAUUCUGCAGAUGAUUGGUAGAGCUGGGCGACCUCAAUUUGACACUACAGCUACUGCGGUUAUUAUGACUCGAUUAAAUACAAGAGAGAAGUACAUUCAGAUGUUAGCUUGCAGUGACACUGUAGAAAGCAGUUUGCACAGACAUCUUAUUGAGCAUUUAAAUGCAGAAAUAGUGUUGCACACCAUCACAGAUGUGAAUGUUGCAUUGGAAUGGAUACGGUCAACCUUGCUUUAUAUCAGAGCCUUGAAAAAUCCAUCUCAUUAUGGUUUUGUAUCUGGAUUGAACAAAGAUGGAAUUGAAGCCAAAUUACAAGAAUUAUGUUUGAGGAAUCUGAAUGAUUUAUCAUCUCUUGAUUUAAUAAAGAUGGAUGACGACAUUAAUUGCAAACCAACUGAGGCAGGAAGAUUGAUGGCUUGGUAUUAUAUUACAUUUGAGACAGUGAAGAAAUUUUGUGCAAUCAGUGGAAAAGAAACUUUAUCAGAUUUGAUCACAAUGAUAGCCAGCUGUAAGGAAUUUCUGGAUAUACAGUUAAGGACAAAUGAAAAGAAAACACUGAAUACUUUGAAUAAAGAUCCAAAUCGGCUCACUAUCAGAUUUCCAAUGGAAGGAAGAAUUAAAACAAGGGAAAUGAAAGUAAAUUGUCUUAUUCAAGCUCAGCUAGGAUGCAUUCCUAUACAAGACUUUGCUUUGACACAAGAUACUUCUAAGAUUUUCAGAAGUGGCUCACGAAUUACAAAAUGGUUGUCAGAUUUUGUGGCUUCUCAAGAAAAGAAAUUUGAUGUACUACUGAAUAGUUUGAUUUUAGCAAAAUGUUUUAGAUGCAGACUUUGGGAAAACUCUUUACAUGUAUCUAAGCAGUUGGAAAAAAUCGGUAAGUACCUAAUACAGCCAGGCAGCUUGCCAGUGUCUUUAAUUUCUAAAAUAUUAACUCAAGAAAAAAUUUGAGGGAUAAUGGAAACGAACAUUAAGGAAUUACAAAUAAUUUUAAAUAGACAUCCCCCUUUUGGAACCCAAAUAAAGGAAGCUGUGAUGUGUCUACCAAAAUAUGAACUUGAAGUGGAACAGAUUGCAAGAUACAAUGAUACGAUGGCAGAAAUAAUAGUGACCAUUAUAUUAAGAAACUUUGAACAGCUACAAACUAAAAGAACAGCUCCAGAUUGUCACUAUGUCACCUUAAUCAUAGGUGAUGCAGAUAACCAACUGGUUUUUAAGCACAAAAUUAUGGAUUCCGUUUUGUUAAAAGAUGGAAACUGGGCUAAAAAGAUUGAUGUGAAGAGAGCUCUUAAGUCUGAAGAUCUUAGUAUAAAUCUAAUUAGUUCUGAAUAUGUUGGAUUUGAUAUUCAGCAAAAAUUUACAGUCUAUUACUUAGGACCCAAGAGGUUUGGAAAUCAAAUAAUUUUGAAAAAAAAAGCAGAAGCAGUGAUUUCCUGUUCUAAGUAUUCAGAUAGGCUUGAUACAGCAGGGUCCAGUAAAGGAAUGAUGGCCUGCAAAAAACCUGGGAACCGAGAGUGCAAUCAUCACUGCAAAAAUAAGCAUACAUGUGGACAUGACUGCUGUAAAAUUGGAGUUGCACAGAAGCCAGAAAUGAAAGAGUCAACAAUUUCCUCAUAUUUAUCUGAUUUAAGAAACAGGAAUGCUUCUUCAUCUCUUCCUCCAGUUAAACGCCUCAAGAUGCAGAUGAAUAAAUCUCAAAGUAUGAACCUUAAAGAAUUUGGUUUUACUCCAAAACCUUCUCUUCCCAGUAUAUCAAGGUCAGAAUCCUUAAACAUGCCUGAAUUACCUAUAAGGGAGCAGAGGGAUCAGCAUGAUCAUGCAGAAGUUCAACAAGAACAAUAUGAAUAUCAAGACAAAGAAGUUUUGAAUGUGAACUUUGAACUGGGAAAUGAAGUUUGGGAAGAUUUUGAUGAUGAAAAUUUAAUAGAAGUUACUAACUUUUCAGCUGAUACUGAGAUGAUAAACUCAUCAGGAUUCGGAGACAUGUCGAAUUCAAGUACCAGGGGAAGUAAGCUAUCCUUCCAACAGUCAAAGAGCAAAUUCCAGAGAGAAAUGUCAAACAGUUUUGUUUCAUCACAUGAGGAGCCAGAUACUUAUUUUUCAAAUUCUGCUAUGUCCAAGUUUGGUAGAUCCUCCAUGAUGAAAUUACCUCAACAAAGUGGAAAUGCAAAUAUUGUCCAUUUCCAAGAAAGAAAACAACAAAGCCUGUCACCAGAGAUUGAAAGGUUGUGCUUUACUCAUGCUGUAAAAACACCAAAUUCCUCGAAACUUGCUAAGAAUGUGGAUUUCUUUAUCAAAAAUGAUGAGAAAAAAGAAAUUGAUUUUAGUAGGUAUCAUCCUGAUGAUGAAGCUGAUGAAAUAAAGUCUUUUCUAGGAAUAUUUGAUGGUAUUUUCUAA